AAAUUUUUUUGGGGUGAAAACCUCGGGAUUUGGGGUCAUUCCCGAUUUAUUUUGUCACCAGACGGCCCCGCCGGUGUCACCCUGCGGGUUUUACCCUCGGCCAACAUCACCCGAGGCAGCGUUUUCACCGUGGAUUGCGGUGCCGAGGGGGUCCCGGCUCCCUCCUUCAGUUGGGCGCUGCCCCCAGCCCCAAAUCUGCGCCUGGGACCCGACAACCGCUCGGUGACGGUGACCGGAGCCACGGCGGCCAACCGGGGAGUUUACACCUGCACGGCGAGCAACCGGCACGGCCGCACCGCCGCCAGCGUCCUGGUCAGGGUGGAUGGUGAGGAGAGGGGUGUGAGGGGAGGGUUCCCGGUGUCACCGGGGCUGUUCACGGUGUCACCGGGGCUGUUGGUGGUGUCAGCGGUGGUUCCUUGGUGUCACCAGGGCUGUUCCUGGUGUCACCGAUGGUUCCUUGGUGUCACUGGGGCUGUUCAUGUUGCCACCAGGGCUGUUGGCGGUGUCACUGGGGUUGUUGGCGGUGUCACCGGGGCUGUUCACGGUGUCAGCGGUGGUUCCUUGGUGUCACCAGGGCUGUUCCUGGUGUCACUGGGGCUGUUCACGGUGUCACCGGGGCUGUUGGCAGUGUCACCGGUGGUUCCUUGGUGUCACCGGGGCUGUUCCUGGUGUCAGCGGUGGUUGCUUGGUGUCACCAGGGCUGUUGGCGGUGUCACCAGGGCUGUUCAUGGUGUCACCAGUGGUUCCUUGGUGUCACCAGGGCUGUUCAUGGUGUCACCAGGGCUGUUCCUGGUGUCACCGGUGGUUCCUUGGUGUCACCGGGGCUGUUCCCGGUGUCACCGGGGCUGUUCCUGGUGUCACCGGUGGUUCCUUGGUGUCACCGGGGCUGUUCAUGGUGUCACCGGUGGUUCCUUGGUGUCACCGGGGCUGUUCACGGUGUCACCGGGGCUGUUGGUGGUGUCACCGGUGGUUCCUUGGUGUCACCAGGGCUGUUGGCGGUGUCACUGGGGUUGUUGGCGGUGUCACCGGGGCUGUUCAUGGUGUCAGCGGUGGUUCCUGGUGUCACCGGGACUGUUCCCGGUGUCACCGAUGGUUCCUUGGUGUCACCGGGGCUGUUCAUGGUGUUACUGGGGCUGUUGGUAGUGUCACCGGUGGUUCCUUGGUGUCACCAGGGCUGUUCCCGGUGUCACCGGGGCUGUUGGUAGUGUCACCGGUGGUUCCUUGGUGUCACCAGGGCUGUUCACGGUGUCACCAGGGCUGUUCACGGUGUCACCAGGGCUGUUGGCGGUGUCGCCGGUGGUUCCUUGGUGUCACCGGGGCUGUUCCUGGUGUCACUGGGGCUGUUCCCGGUGUCACCGGGGCUGUUCAUGGCGUCACCGAUGGUUCCUUGGUGUCACCGGGGCUGUUCCCGGUGUCACCGGGGCUGUUGGCGGUGUCACCGGGGCUGUUCAUGGUGUCACCGGGGCUGUUCAUGGUGUCACUGGUGCCAUUUCCCGGUGUCACCGGCAGUUCCCGGUGUCAUUUCCCGGUGUCAC